CGGACAGAGCAAAACAAAACUAGUUUCGAUUUUAAACGUGUGCUGAUUUGAUUUGUCGAAGAAUAGUCUAAUUAAAAUGUAAAUAUUAAAUCAUAGUUAGUUGUUUAAUGUAAUCUAAGAUUGAAUUCAUUGUACUAGAAUAACAAAAGUGACAGAUACAGGUGGCAAUAGGAUAUAUAUAUUUAAGUAGCGUGAGAACGAUCUGUACGCGGAAGAUGGCAUGGUUAUAUGAGAAUCCAUUCACACUAGAGAGUUUGGAAAGAAAUAAGAUGGAACUGACUUUAGGUAUUUUACAACUAUCUUACGCCUUUAGAAAAGCUAAAACAGAUCUCGGAUGCUUACAUGGUUCAUCACGAAACUAUGAUGACAUUGGACAGUUUGAGCACCAGCCUCAAUCGCAGAGUCAACGACGAAAUUCAAUAUUGUACGAUUGUCGGCAACCGAUCAAACUUAAACCGCGUUAUUCAUCGUACGGAGAUGAAUACAGUGGUUCACCCCAGAGUUUGUCCCAGGAGUUCAGCUCGGGAGUGCGCUACAAAAGUACUGGUCGUCCCGCGAGGGAUACCCGCCUGUUGGAUUUUAGCCCAGAUUCAGAAUGGCUUGCGGAAACAGAAAAGUCUAAGGAAUUGCAAGAUGAGGGACUUUCGAAAGAAACAAGCGAUCUAAGGAGACAGUUGGAUGAAUCCGAGUUCAAAGAACGAGCAGCAAAUCAUCAACUGCAGCAGACCCAAGAUAAGUUGAAGAAAACAAAAGAUGAAUUUGAGGAAACUAAAACAAGACUAAAUGAAGCGCUCCAGGGAAAAGAUACAAACCUUAAGAAAAUACAGAAGGAAAACAGUGAUCUAAGGAAAAAGUUGGGGGAAUUCGAAUCUAAUGAAGCGUCAUUCAAUCAGCAGUUGCAACAGGUGCGCAGUAAAUUAAAGACAACAACCGCAGAGUUGGAGGACACCAAAACAAGGCUUAAUGCAGUGCAAAACACUAUUAAAGUUCAGGAAAAGACUCAAUUCUCGUACUCAAAAGAGUCACCGGAGAUAACUGACCUAAGAAAACAGUUAAAGACUGUAAUAUCUAUGGAGGCUAUCGUCAGAAAUCUAUUGGAAGAGACCGAGGAGAAAUUGCGUAGAACAAGAGACGAAUUGGAUAUAGCUAAAUCAAGGUUAACGGAGGUCCAAGAGAUGAACAUGCAUAAGGAAAAAAUAAACGCACAAAAGCUAAGUGACAUGGCAGAAUCAUUGAAGAAAUCACAAUAUUUGGAGACAAAAUUAAAACGACUGCUACAAGAGGCCCAGGAUCAGUUAACAGCAACACAGCAAUCUCAAGGCAGAAAAACAAAGAUUGCGGUAAUCGAAAAGUGUUCGGAAUUGCGAGAUCAAGGGCAUUCGCAAGAAAACAGAGAUCUAAGGAAAGAGUUGGAGAUUUCCGAGUUUAAAGAACGAGCAUCAAAUCAUCAGCUGCAGCAGACCCAAAAUAAGAUGAAGAAAACUGAAGAUGAAUUGGAGGAAACAAAGAAAAAACUAAAUGAAGCGCUUCAGGAUAGUGAAACAAACCUUAAGAAAAUGGAGAAGGAAAACAGUGAUCUAAGGUCAAAGUUGGAGAAAUCGAAAUUUUCCGAAGCGUCAUUAAAUCACCAGUUGCAACAUAUGCACAAUAAGUUACAGUCAACAGCGGCCGAGUUGGAGGACGCCGAAACAAGGCUAAAUAACGCAAAUCAGAUAAUCGUUCAUCGUGAUCAAAGAGACACACAAAAGCAAAAUGACAUAGCAGAAGCUUUUAAGAAAUCACAAUUGAUGGAAGCAGAAUUAAAACAACUGCUACAAGAGUCCGAGGAUCGGUUCAAAGCAACACAGCAAUCGGAAAGCAGGAAAACAAAGCUUGCGGAAACAGAAAAGUCUAAGGCAUUGCAAGAUGAGGGACUUUCGAAAGAAACAAGCGAUCUAAGGAAACAGUUGGAUAAAUCCGAGUUCAAAGAACGAGCAGCAAAUCAUCAACUGCAGCAGACCCAAGAUAAGUUGAAGAAAACAAAAGAUGAAUUAGAGGAAACUAAAACAAGACUAAAUGAAGCGCUCCAGGGUAAAGAUACAAACCUUAAGAAAAUAGAGAAGGAAAACAGUGAUCUAAGGAAAAAGUUGGGGGAAUUCGAAUCUAAUGAAGCGUCAUUCAAUCAGCAGUUGCAACAGGUGCGCAGUAAGUUAAAGACAACAACCGCAGAGUUGGAGGACACCAAAACAAGACUAAGUAAGCUCAUGGGGCAAAAGUUGACAGACAACAAUCCGAACAUCACCGACCUUUCCGACCAGAAUCGCCCAAUGAAACUUGGUGAGCGUUUCUCGGAGUUGUACGACAAUGAAUGGACAGAUGCUUUUGAAGUUUUGCGGUCGAUUUAUAAAGACGAAAAAACUACUGUUUUAACGCUUUUAACAAUUUUAAAGGAAGCCGAUAAGUUUUGCAGAGCAGAAGCCGAGAAGCAAAUAGAAUGUCUGAGAAGAGAUCUAACAUUACAAUUAGAAACGGAUGGAUCAAAUAUUCCCAGUUUGAUAAAUAAACAGCUCAAGGAUUUCCGCAAAGCGCUGGGAUCGGACGCAGGGCAACGACUGUUGGCGAUCUACAUUAAAAAGCUCUCUCAAUCCAGCUCCGCGUCCGCACGUGACGCCUUGCGCGUGGAAACGUUCCUGAGAGAAGCGUUCACGCUGUGUUGGCUGAUGAGCAUACAGGAUCCACCUGUUGUGUUUGACCGUCUUCUACAGCACGGAGAAACGUUCAACAUGGAAUUGUAUCGGGCUUACACAAAGGGUGGUCCGCUAGUGGAUUUUCAAGUGUGGCCAACACUUUUCCUACAUGAGGGUGGAGCCGUCUUGUACAAAGGGGUAGCUCAAGGGUGUGAAAAGUGAACAGCCGGUCAUAUUGAUUAGAAAAAAUAAAUGAAUUAUACACCGAUUGUAGUAAAAUCUUAAAUAGUUCAUUACAUAAACGGAUCGAGAUCUUCUUUUAUCUUAUACUAUUGUGUUAUACAAAAUAAAUUCAUGAAUGCGUGCGCACUUGAUCAUACACUUUUACAUGGGAUAUACUUGUAUAUUAUACUGAAUACUGGUUCUCUAUUGUUUGAAACACUUUUCACUUUAAACACACAAUGAACCAUACAGUGUUUGCUAUCAAUGUAAGCCGAGCUCUUAUGCAUAAAGAAGGAUUGGUAUAUAUUAUAAUCCGUUUUACAUUUUAUUUGAAGUGUUGAUGUACUUUAAUCCGUAUUUUAUUUUGUUUGAAGUGUUGAUAAAUUUUAAUCAGUAUUUUAUUUUAUUUGAAGUGUUUUUAUAUUAUCAUCCGUUUUGUAUUUUGUUUGAAGUGUUGAUAUAUUAUAAUCUGUAUUGUAUUUUAUUUAAAGUCGCGAGUCCUUAUACUUGUCUCACACGUUUUAUGCGAAUUACCUUUGUAAUAAGUUAGGUGUAUUUUUUAAGUGUAUCGUUAAUACGCUUCUUAGUUAAAUUGAUUUAAACGUUGUUUAUAUUUUGGUCUAUGCUAUGACGAUAAAAAGUUUGUGUUAGUGUUAUUUAUUUGUCAAAGAAGCAUAUUAUAUUACCCGAGCAUCGCUUAGCAUUUCUAUAUAUUUAUUUAGAGUUGUUGUGGGCAAUGUUUAUUUUGUGGAGAUCAUUUCAGGAAUAUUAUUUUUGCAUAAAAAAUACAACUAUCAUUAACUAAAAUGCGUUACUUGGACGAAUACCAACUAUUUAGUAUUGAAUUAUAACAUUUCCCGAAACCACUGUCGCGUCUUAGACCACCUUAAUAUGUAGAGACCUAAUCAAUGUUUGCUCAAUGACAAGAUUGCUGCUUAGCAAAGCCCAGCACUGAUUGCUCCUAUAUAUAACGUGAAAAACAUUAACGAACUUUCGAUAAACGUCUGGAUGCGUUUCCUCAAGGUUGCUAAUUUCCUGCAAAUAGUAAUAAGCAGAUCGCAGUUAAUUGAAGUGCCCAGCAGCAGCAAAAACGGAUAGACGGACACUGCCUGCAAAUGCAUCAGCCAACAUCUAGAAAGAUUCGCUUUGAUCAACGCCCUUACCAUACGCUGAUAAUGCUGCCAUAAUUGGCUUGUAUGAAGGUCUGGCAAAGUUCAUGUUUCUUCUUCUCUGUAGACGACUCGAAAUUGAUUACACAUCUCAGAACAUGUAGCAUCUGCUAGCGUCGUCUCGCCUAUUAGAAAUAAGAGUACAAUUCCUCGGCUUGAUCAAGCAGUAUCUUAAUAUCGGGACAUUCCUGUGUCAUUUCGGCUAUAAGCUUGCUGUGUAGGCACUUGCUAACAAGUAAAUAGUCCCGCAAAUCCCUCUUUCCAUCGCAUACUUAUCAUCAUCUUUAGGACGACCAGAUUUUCUUCGUUUGAUAUCGGGAAAAUGUUGAAACUCUAUUGGCGCAGAUUCGGAAGACGGAACACUUCCACUACAUAAAUGAUGAUAACGUCUGCUGCAUGUAAAUCUCGUUAAAGGUAUUCAAUCCGUCCCUAUACAGUAAGUCCCGACUCAUCCGAACGUGAACUGCAGACCUCUAAAAUAGUCGCCACAAAUUGGUCGGCACGUACCCAGCUUAAAUGCCUUGUGUCCAAUUCAACCACACAAACACAGAGUAUGCAGUCUUUAUCUUUUUCAAAACCUCAACUUGAUUGCCUUAAGCUUCUCUUCUGUACAUAACUACAAUUUUGCUUUGCAACAUUACUUUUAAUGUUUUUAUCAUAUGUGUACUGCAAACGAUAUGUUUUACGAACUUUUAUACCAGCCUUAAUAGCAAGAUCGUCCUCCCGCUUCUAUAUAGCUUCAUUUAUUCCCUUCACUCCCUUCCACUGAAUAGCAAUCCAAUCAUUCAUGGAAUUCUCAAUCUCCUCCUUGCAUAUUGGACACACAUUUUUCUUGACUGUCUUAGCACUUAUUAUUAAAUAAUUUAUGAAAACAGAGGCACGAAUUACAUUAUACUGGCAAUGCUGACGAAAGCUUUAGACAAACAACAUGUGUGAGCACACGCAGGACUGAUAUGUUUCUACAAUUGUGGUCCGUAUUUUUAUAUUUUUUUGUUUAUGACGCUAAAGCGCCAAUAUCGGAAUGGAUACUUUAUAAAAGGUUUCACUGGGGAUUUUUUUUUAAACAACUUGAAAAACUGCUUAUUACAAAAUUACGAUACAAAUUAUAACAAAUAAAUUAUUAUGCUCUUUUGUCCCAAUACCCAGUCACCACCAUUUGCUUAUCUUUAAUGUUUAUAUCUUUAAAUGAGGAAAUUGCAAUAACGCUGAUGCAUUUGGAAAAUGAUAAUGGUAGACUGAUCUUUGACUUACAUGCCGUGUAUGAACAAUCAAGAUUUUACGAAAACACAUCUUUUACAACUGGGUAAAAUGUCUAAAAGAAUGAAUUUUUUUACAAAAUAAAUUGCAUUCAAAGUUAAUAAUACCUACAUACGGAUAGAUAAACCUAAUACCUCACUUUAAUAGCACUGUGUUAUUGUAUGUUUAAAUUGUGUCUGCUUAUUUCAAUGCAAAUAAAAGUGUGCACUUAUCAUCAAGGGAGGGAACUUUUCAAAACGUUUUAUAUAAGACACUGGCUGUUUCAUGUGUUGAUGUUAUGCGUAGUUAUUAUUUCACUCAUGUGAAUAAUCAAAGUAAUAACAAACACUUAUGUGCGCUAUACUAUUUAAUGAUGUUACUACGUUUGUGGCUCGAGUGAGACUGGCUUAUCAGCCUACUGUACAAUGUAAUAGUAAGGUUAUCAAGCAUGCAGCUAUCUAUAGUAUGUAUCUAGUUACAGUGUACGACAUCCUUUGUUGUGUAAAGAGGAAAUUUCUCUUCAAUACAAAUAUGUUACAACAUAUUAACAAUCAAUCAUAUUUAUGUUUAUAUUAAUAAGCACAUAAAACGACCAACAUAUAUAUAUAUUGAACUUGUUAAUACUAAUAAUUUGAUGUGUUGAUCAAUGUAACAUACCCAUAAACAUAAACAACAUUCUGAACAUUUAUUUAGUCCAUUCAUUUUCUUCGUAUCGCUGUCUCGGCUGCACUAUUCUUCCUGAUCGUGUCUGUUAAGGGGAAAUGGGCUUAUAUACAGGUAAAGAGGGAUGUUGAAUAUUCAUUGCACUAUUGUUUGUUGGUUGUUUGACCUGUUUAUCAGUGCUUGAAUGAUAUUUUGCAAUCACAUCCGGUGUAAAAUCUGAUACCCCUGGGAAAUCCUCAUUGGUUCUGAUGAGGUAGCGGCGAUUUCUCCUGUAUACCUGACCAGAAGGUGCUUGUAUUAUGUAAGAGUUAGCAUUAUGUAUUUCGUUAACCUUACCUGGUUUCCAGAGUUUUCCUACCUGGAACCUCACACAUUCAUUCAAAUGUAAUCUGGGGAGUGGUUUUUCGGUUUUUUCAUAUUUGUUCUUUUGUUUUGUUUUUGGAAGUUUGAAUUGAAGAUCAGACAAAGUUUGGGUUAACGACUUUGGGAAGAAGCUGGGGAAUCGUUGAAGCAUAAUUGACCUAGUUCUCCUACUCAACAGCAACUGCACGGGUGAUUGAUUGCAAUCUGAGAGUGGAGUGUUCUUAUACUCUAGCAAGGCUAAGUAUGGUUCAUGGCCACUGUCUUUUGCUUUCUGUAGCAGCCUUUUUACAGUCUGCACUGUCCGUUCAGCAAGUCCGUUUGACUUUGGAUGAUGUGGACUAGAUGUGACAUGCUCAAUAUGCCAUAAUUUGACAAAGUUUCGAAAUAUGUCCGAUGAAUACUGAGGUCCGUUGUAACUGAAAGUACGAAUCGGGGUGCCAUGGGUACUGGAGCGUGACUUCAGUUUUCUGACAACUGUUGUGGACAACAUGUCCGGAAAUUUGUCUAUUUCAAAGUAUCUGCUGUAGUAGUCAACUACGAGCAAAUAGUAAUUUCCAUCAAAAUGGAAUAUAUCUGUGGCAACCUCCUGCCAUGGACCUUGUGGAAUUUCAUGGGGUGCAUGUUAACUGUUUUUUUUGGUUUGUGUUUCUAUGCGAUAAGCAAAUUAUACAGCUCAUUAUGUACUCAGUAAUUUGCUUGCACAUUCCUGGCCAGUACAUAACAUCUUUGGUUCUUUGUGUGCUUUUUUCAAUACCCAUGUGACCUAAAUGAACUCGUUCUAACAUGUGUGGUCGGAGUCGCUUGGGAAUGAUCAGUCUCUGCCCUCUAAAAAUUAGGUCAUCGGCUGCCGAAAGUUCGUCCCUGUGAUUGAAAUACUCCCGUAUCAAGUCAAGGCAAUCUGACCUAGAACUUCGCCAUCCUCUAAGUAUAGUCUGUUUCAGGGCAAUCAUCUGUAGGUCAGUUCUUGUCUCGUUUCUCAUGUUUUCAAGACUUCGGUCAGUAGAGGUCAUGCUCGAGAGCACCGGGUGAACGUGUAGGUCAAGACCGUCGAUUUCAGAACAGUCUGACAUUGGCUGUCGUGACAGGAAAUAGCCGAUGGGAACUUCUUUCCCGCUCACAUGUCUUACAUCAAGGUCAUAUUUUUGCAAACUAAGCAUCAUCCUUUGCAAACGAGGUGGUGCUGCAUGUAAUGGCUUCUUCAUGAUCGCAGACAAGGGCUUAUGGUCAGAAUAAACAAUAACAUGUCUGCCAUAUAUGUACUGGUGAAAACGCUGGCAUACGAACUAUAGCUAGCAUUUCACAUUCAAUGUUUGCAUAAUUUCGUUCUGUCUGUGUCAAUGUGUUAGAUGCAUAUGCAACUGGCUGACCAUCUUGCAUGAUCGCUGCACCUUCACCGUUCAGUGAAGCGUCACAUUCAAUGUAAACCGGCUUCUUGGGGUCAAAGUAAGCUAACACCGGGCUUUGUGUUAUGAAAUGUUCGUGUAUUAAAGAUUUUAAUGAUCGUAAUCUAAUAUUAACUAAAAAAUUGCUAAAACAAGGCUUUUUGUAUCAUAACCUAAGAAAUAAAUUUGCUAGAUUUUACUCUAUGUAUGGUGAUUUAAUUUCAAAAUAUAAUGUUUCUUUAAAAUGGCAUUUAAAUAAUGGAAUCUCCCAUCCAUCAUUUUACGGAGAUGUUUUGAAGCGUGUCCGCAAAUUAAAAUAUGUUAAACCAAAUGUUCAUAUUAAAAUUUUCAAUUUAAUUAACUUGUUUUUAUCAAAAGGAUACGAUGCUUAUGUACUUAAAAACACGUGUUUGAUGGUUUUCGAUUCACUAUAUCUUUCUUCCCUUAAAAUUUGGAAUCAUUAGUGAUAUAGGCAUUUUUCACUGUUGAAUAAAAUUGUGUCAUUGUGUCGUAUGAACAAAUCUGCAUGAAUACUACAUUAUAGGCAUUUUUCACUGUUGAAUAAAAUUGUGUUAUUGUGUCGUAUGAACAAAUCUGCAUGUAAACUACAUUUGGACUCAAAUCGUACAUCAAAUCAUUUCUGUCUUCAGUUGUCAAAACACCUAUAAACUGUUUGAUUCCAAUAAUGUCGCUUUAAUGGAAUUACCAUUUUUAUUCAUUUGCUUCUUAAUAUUAAAUCACCUAAACUUGUUUUAUUAGUAGCACAGCCCUAUUUAUAUUUUUAUUUAGUACUGCCCUUGGAAUUUGUUCACGUCAUUAUGUCAUUAUGGAUUUUUGUGACGUCAUACGACCGACUUUCCCAGUUGUAAUCUACAUGCAUAGGUCAUUGGGUUUAUAACGUUCCAUUUUAUUUAUAUUUUCUCUCUGAUAGGCGUUUCUUGUUUGAUUUAAUUAUUUUGUAUUUGUUUAGCAGUCACAUAAACAACCAAGCUAUGUAACAUGGAAUUUUUACACCCAUUAUUGCUGCUUCUUCCUGUAUUUGCGCGAUGAUUAUUUGAGAUAUUAACUCUAUGAUUCUAUAUUCUCAAAUCUUUUCUAUAAAGAAGGAAUGUAGUUGACAAUUGUUAGUUUUAUUUGAUCGUUCGUCAAAAAGUUGUAAUUCUGUUACUCUUGUAUCUUCAAUGCAAUUGAGUAAUUAAAUAGUAAUUAAAUUGAA